AUGAUUGCUACAGCGCGAAGGGGAGGAGGAGAGGAGCCCUUGAGGCUACGAGGUGGAAAGAGGUCGUCGAAAGCGAAUGAGACGCAAGCUCUUCCCCUUGACUUCAUCCCUUCAAGUAGUUUCACUGGAUUGAAGCCAGGAUAUAUCUUCAAACGAGACCGCAAGGGAGUUGGUUUCUACCUCGAUCAACCGCAUUCAAGCAAGGGUGUCAAGGCCACACGACCUCGUCGUUCGCUUGUGAAGUCACAAUCAGCAAUCCCCACGACUCCGACAAGAACUCGACGACAGACUGGAGACAAGAGAUCUGAGGUUGAAGAGACUCGUGCAGGAGAGGAGAGGUCAGCCGCAAACAAGGAAAGCUUCAGGACACGGCAAGAAGUAGAGGCACAGUCAAUGACAAGGAAGAGCGACUUUGGGUACAACUGGAACAUUCGCAAUGAACCUCAGGACUCGGAGUUGGACGAGCUCUUUGGGAAGAUUGAGUUGAAACCUCCUCCUCCUCCGAUAGACAAAACCGAAUACAGUCUUGAGGACGAUCUCAAGGUACUUGACGAUGCUGAGAGGCUUCUCCAAGACGCCUGCGACAGAGGAGACAUCGAAGAAGCCAAACGGCUGCUCAAGUGUGGAGUGAUCUGGGAAGAAGAAAGGAAAGAAGACGCUCUGUUCACCUCGUCUACCACAACAGAUGAAGAGGACCGAAAAGUGCUUACCCAAGCUGGUUUCGAGCCGUCAGAUUCCUCGGAGGAAGGAAAAGAAGAAUCGAGUGAGAGCAUCAUGAUUCACGAGCAGAUCGUUGGUCCCAUCAUUGAUCGAGUUCAAGGGCUGCACCGAUCGAAGAAAGAAAUCAAGGAAAUCUUUGAGAGGCUUCGAGAGGACUUGCCAGACAUCAAGUAUUUCAAAGAAAGACCCAAGAUUGCAACUUUUGUCCCUGGCAAGGAGGACGAGGAAGAGACCGAUUCCGAACUAGAAGAGUUGAGAUCUUUUCCUGGCUUGGAAGAUUUCUUCAAUCCUUUCGGAGCUCGCAUGCAGAAGAUUGAGAUUGCGUUGCGGAGGAAUGCGACAGACGAACUCAACUCUGAGGAGCAGGAGAAAGUGCUGUGGCUGCAAUCGCCCAUGCAGAUGUUGCAGGAGUACAUGUCGGAAUCAUCCGAAGAGUUUGGGGGAGAAAUCCUGCAGAUCAAGAAGACGAGCACCGAGAUCACGCAGGGUGAGCUGGACCCUUGGGACAAGGCUCUCAACUCUCGUCUGUCAGAGCACUUUGGAGCGAAGGAGUUCGAUGUUGUGGACAACCUUGGCUUCGAGAGAGUUGGCAAUGAUCUUGGAGUUCGCAGCUCGGAUCAAUCUUACAAUCAGAUCCGACACAAGUUUCUUGCGGCAAAGCGAGGCUCAUACAAGGGCAGAGACCUCACACAAGCCAAGGCGGGAGUUGACACUCUCAAUCAUUUUGAAAAUGUCAAGUGUUCCCAUCGUGUAAUUUGUUCCCAUAAAUUCAACACGUGGUUUUGUUUCUUAGUGCUUGUGCAUUGGGGUCGCUAUGACAGCUCGCUGAUCCUGCAGAUGCAGAUGUUUAUGUUGAAACAAUGA